AUGGCCUCUAACUACAUUCACUUGAGUGAAGUGGAGAAGCACAUCACGGAAAAUGACCUGUGGUUCAUCAAGGAUUUAAAGGUGUAUGACAUCACAAAAUUUGUGGAUCAGCACCCGGGAGGCGUCGACACACUUCUCAGCGUAGCGGGCAAGGAUGGCACGAGCGAUUUCAACGCCGUGGGCCACUCAGAGAGCGCCGUGGAGGAGCUUGCGCGCUACUACAUCGGUGACGUGCACCCAGACGAUGCGGAUAAGGUUAAGCAAGCCUCCAUCACGGCAGCGAACAACUACUUCGGUAUCGCGGUGAUACUGGCGCUCGUUGCCAUUUGCUCGUUCUUUAUCUUUCGUCCUUGA